GUUUCAGUUGAUUUUGUGAGUUGUUGCGAUCAAGAUGUUCCUGGUGUUGGGUCUCAUUCUGGCUAGCGCCCUAUUUGUGGGCCUACUGGUCUAUCAGCUUAAAUUCAAGCACAGUAUCGAGGUGACGCGAGAUUUGGGUAGUGCGCCGUCGUUGCCACUAGUCGGUCAUGGUUAUCACUUCUUGGGCUUGGAGCCUCAUGAACUUAUUCUAAAGGUUAGGGGUUUCAUGGACACCUAUGCCAAGGAUCACACGCUCAAAGUGUGGCUAGGCCCAGAGCUCAACAUGCUUAUGGGCAAUCUCAAAGAUGUGGAGGUGAUCCUUGGCACACUUCGCUUUAAUGACAAGGCUGGUGAGUAUAAGGCCCUCGAGCCAUGGCUCAAAGAAGGUCUACUCAUCAGCCGUGGUCGCAAAUGGCAUAAACGACGCAAGAUCAUUACACCUGCCUUUCACUUCAAAAUUCUAUACCAAUUCGUUGAUAUUUUUGAGCGAGAGUCUCGUGUGCUGCUCAAGAAUUUGGAGAGGGAACGUCUGAAGAAUGACAAAGCUGGUUUUAACCUAUACGACUGGGUCAAUCUCUGCACAAUGGACACUAUUUGUGAGACCGCCAUGGGAGUCUCCACCAAUGCACAGACGAAUGCCGACUCGGAUUAUGUUCGUGCAGUGAAGACCAUUUCGAUGGUCCUGCACAAGCGCAUGUUCAACAUCUUUUAUCGCUUGGAUCUGACCUACAAGCUGACUCCUCUGGCUAUAGCCGAACGUCGAGCCUUGAAAGUCCUGCACAACUUUACAGAGAAGAUCAUCGUGCAGCGCCGUCAAGAGCUGCUUCGAGCAAACAGCUCAACACAGAGUUCAGACGAUGUAGAUGUGGGUGCCAAGCGUAAAAUGGCCUUCCUGGACAUAUUGCUGCAGUCGAAGAUCGACGACAAACCGCUGACCAAUGCAGAUAUACGUGAGGAGGUGGAUACCUUCAUGUUUGAGGGCCAUGAUACCACAUCCUCAGCCAUUAUGUUUCUCUUCUAUAACAUCGCAUUGUAUCCGGAAUGCCAGCGCAAGUGCGUUGAAGAAAUUGUCUCCGUGCUGGGCAAUGACAGAGAGACGCCUGUUACCUACGAUCUGCUCAACAGCCUCAAUUAUUUGGAUCUGUGCAUCAAGGAAACGCUGCGUAUGUAUCCAUCGGUCCCGCUGCUAGGCCGCAAGGUGCUCCAGGAGUGUGAAAUAAAUGGCAAAAUCAUUCCGGCCGGCACAAAUAUAGGAAUUUCGCCAUUGCUUUUGGGUCGACGUGAGGAUAUCUUCAGCGAGGCAAAUACGUUUAAGCCUGAACGAUUUGACGUAGUAACGAGUGCAGAGAAACUCAAUCCUUAUGCCUACAUUCCUUUCUCGGCCGGCCCGCGCAACUGCAUCGGCCAGAAAUUUGCUGUACUCGAAAUCAAAGCGAUAGCGGCGAACGUUUUACGACAUUAUGAAGUUGAAUUUGUUGGAAACACUGAGGAGCCACCAGUGCUUAUUGCUGAGCUGAUCCUCCGCACCAAAGAUCCACUUAUGUUUAAACUCAAGGAGCGAGUCCUCUAACUUAUUUCAGAUAUGUAGUAUAUACUUUUCCGUUAUGAUUCUGCCAAUGGAGAUGUGUAUUCAAUAAAUACCUCAAAUCUAUCGA